CAUUGGUUUAUCAUGAGACGCUCGGCUUUGGAUGACCCAGCUACUCGUUCACCAAUCAGCAACGAGAAGAUCCUCGAAACUUCUGCUGCUUGAUUUGACGGACGCGAGCCGGAUUCUCAGGUUCUCUGGGAUUCUGUUUGAACCAGGCGCGGCCGCUGCGCCUGCUCAGCAGUCUCAAGUUUCGGGUGUCAAUAGUCGGACCCUGCGAUGCUUAUGUUGAAAGAGAGAUGGGAACCCUUGGUCCGUCUAGUCUAAUCGACUCCAGCGGAAAUGAAACAACAUAUUAUCUAUGCAUACUUGCGGGUCGCAGACAGGGUACACUGGGUCCAGAUCGGACGAAUGGCUAGUCUCAUGAGCCGGGGAGUGUCAGAUAAUCCAUUGUUGGACUAGACUGCACGUUCCUAAGCAGUCGACCCCAGAAAAUGAACGACUCAGGAAGUUUACCGGAUAGUCUACAUAGCCCCAUCUUUGUCAUGGGACAUCUGACGAGCGACCCCAACACCAAUGCCAGCGCCUAUCCCGCGAACGUUAUGGGAC